CUGUCGGAUCAACAUGCAUCACGCCACGCCAGUCCAAAUGUGGUGUUUAUAUUCGUUUAUGACGUUUAUGCAUAUUGUGCAAGGUGUAACGUGGUUUCCACGUGAAACUUCGAUCCUUCUUCCUGCUGAUUUUCCUGUAGGAGUGCCUUUCUACCAUUUAACUUUGGUCGAUAAUGGCUAUCGUACUGAACAGAAACCAAGCUUUAAAAUGGGGAAAGUUUUGAAAAUUUAUCAUAAUAAAAGGCAUGAAAUAAAAAGGAAACUUUUUCAUAUUAAUAAAAAUAAUGGAAGCAUCAGUCUUCUAGAUUCGUUCUCGCACAAAGGUGGUAAUAUGACUUUUUCAAUAGAAAUUUUGACAAAUUCUGAAAUUAAAACCGUAUUAAAAGUAAACGUAAUUGACAUUUCAAAUAAUUGCGAACCCAAUCCAAAUUUCUGCUUUUUAUCAAGCGAUGCGACGUAUCUACUGUUAGAAAAUACAAAAUUAGGAACAAUUAUUGACAAUUUAUUGCCUCUUACGACUCGAUAUGUGUGUAAAUAUAAUGUAACAUACAAUGUAAGCUCAGGUUCUGAUAUUGUUCACGUGGAUUCACAGAAUGGAUUUUUGACUCUGGUUUCGAAUUUGGAUGCAGAAGAAAAUACCGAAUUAAAUUUUAGUAUUUCGUGUCAGAUAAAUGAAAUGGAAGAAAAUAUAUAUUACAUGAAAGGAUUGAUAAAAGUGAAAGAUAUCAAUGAUAAUGCUCCUUACAAAAAGAAUAAUUUUGAUAGGAAACAUAUUUUUAAAGCAUCUCAUGUCAGUCCUGGCAAAUUGUUUCCUUUUAUGUUUACAGUUUGUGAUAAAGAUUCUUCCCAAUCAAAUAACGUAUCUGUAAAAAUCGAAAACGAUUCUUUAAAUCUCUUUUCGGUUAAGAAAACAUUCAUACACGAAAAUGUUGAGGAUUGUGCAACAUUUAUACAUGUCGAACUUCAAACUGCUCGCCAUUUUGUUUUUCCUGGAACACAAUAUAACUUUAGCCUUAUAUUCGAAGAUAUUGGGUAUAUUGGAGAUGGCAGCAAUAAGGUGAUCGAUUUUAUAAAAAUUAAUAACUUUACUAAAAAUCAAAAUCUUGUGCCAGAAAAUGUAUAUUACUCAACUGUAUCUUCCGAGAUGGUUUUACAUUCGAGAGUAAUUAAACCAUUCGACCUUGAUCCGGAAGAUGGAUAUACCUUUCAAAUUAUUCAUUUAAAUUCGAGGAAAAAAAUAUUUGCUACAACAACUCAUACUGGAAUUAUAUAUUUAAUGAAUGAGAGAGCAUUUACUUCAUCUCCUACUUCAUUUUAUCAUCUGAAUCUUUCUUGGAUAUCAGUAAACGAUAGCGGAAGCACCGAAAUUUUUGUUAACGUUACAAAAACAGCUCAGAAUAAAUCAAAUUUAACAUGCGAUAACUUAUGUUCUUCCUCUACAAAUGAAACUUUAUGCACCUCUACUUGUGGAAUUGGAAGUUACACCGGUCUUUGUAUGUGGAGAAAUUUUAGAAGAGUUGACUAUCCUAAAAAUAAAACUCCCCCCGUAUCUUCGCACUACGCAACGUGUAGUCCCGAUUUGAAGACUUGUCCAGAUGGAAUCUGUGACGAACUUGAAACACUUGACAAAAACCUGUGCCCACAAGAUUGUGCUAAGGAGAUUGUCGGAGGAAAUAUAAAUCCCUUAACAAAUAUGGGUAUAAUUGAAGCGUAUGAUACUUGUUUCUGUAGUAGCAUCAAUACUUGCCAAUGUACUAGUGAUUCAUAUUACGAAAACAGGUUAAAACCUAUAGACAGACUUAAAAACUCACAAACUGUUUUUGAUAAGAAGAGGAAAGAGUCUAGCCUUAUUCAAACUGGAUCAGAACAUGGUAUUUCAGUGACAAAGAAAAAAGAAACAUUUUUAGUUAUUGAUGGUACCGUUUGUGGAACGGGUUGCGUUGCAGGAAUAUUUUUAUGUGCGUCUGUGGUUUUUGUAUCGUUUAUGGGAUUUCUAGCCUAUCAUUGGGUUAAAAGAUGGAGAAUUAAUCGUAAAAAACCUAAAUGUGUGGGAAGUCCUAUGCCUUCUGUUGUGUUAUCUAAUUAUGUAGAUGAACAUUCUUCCUCUGUUGAAUUCCCUAACGUAAACGAAGCAAAAGUCGAUCUAAAAUGGGAAUUUCCUCGUAAAAAUCUUAAACUAGAACAAACAUUAGGAGAAGGAGAAUUUGGCAAAGUGAUGAAAGCUCGAGCUUGGGGUAUCAAUGGAACUCAAGAACAUACAACUGUUGCCGUAAAGAUGUUAAAAACAAAUGGAACCAUAAUCGAACAACAAGACUUAUUAUCGGAGUUCAAUAUGUUGAAAGAAAUAUCUCAUCCUAAUGUUAUUCGACUAUUAGGGGCUUGCACACAAAAAGGUGGUCCGUUAUAUAUAAUUGUGGAAUAUGCGGAACAUGGAUCCUUGAGAAGUUAUCUAAGAAAUCGGCGCAAAUUAUCAUUCGAUAGACCUAUAUCAGAAAAUAUCCAUACAGUUUGGAAUCCUAUUUACAGUUUUGAAAAUGAAAAUGGUAGUUCGGCACUCAGUCAAAAAGAUUUAUUAUCGUUUGCUUGGCAGAUUGCUAAAGGAAUGGCAUACUUGAGUGAUAUGAAGCUGUUGCAUCGAGAUUUGGCUGCUAGAAAUGUGCUUAUAGCUGCAGGAAAUAUCAUUAAGAUUUCGGAUUUUGGCUUAAGUAGAGAUAUUUAUGAAGGAGAUACGUAUUUAAAAAGGAGUAAAGGAAGAGUACCUGUGAAAUGGAUGGCUUUGGAAUCAUUGGAAGAUCAUAUUUACACUACUAAAAGUGAUGUGUGGUCGUUUGGUGUAGUCUUAUGGGAAAUAGUUACGUUAGGUGCAUCGCCUUAUCCGGGAAUAACACCUGAAAGGCUCUUUCAACUUUUGAAAUCAGGUUAUCGUAUGGGAAGACCGGCAAAUUGUUCCCCAGAAUUGCAUAAAAUCAUGCUAAUAUGUUGGCAGCAGAAUCCUCACGAAAGACCUUCCUUCAGACAAUUAGUCCAAAUAUUUGAUACCAUGUUGCAAGAGACUGUGGAAUAUUUGUCUCUUCGGCCUGCAUCACCGAACGAAAUUAUUAAUUGUGAUGACGAAAGCGAUUUAGAAGAAAAUCAUAACAGAGAAAAUGUUCAGUGCGACGAAAUGAGCGGUUUGUUAAACAAAACUAAUACACAAGAUGAAAAUACAUAUGUAUAUAAAGAAAAUAUUUAUUUUAAUGUAAUUUAAAUGAUUGAGAUAAUGUAAAAAAAUGUUGAAAUUUAUGAAAGAUAUUCUGUAAUUGAUUCAUCUAUCCAGCUCUUUGAAUUUCUUCAAAAUAUCUAGGAAUUUCGUGUCCUAAGAUUAAAUUUAUCAUGAAAACAAAAUGGCUACACACACCUAUUGAAAUUUUAGAUAUGUGGUCAAAGAACUACAUUUUACAUGGAAAAUAUAUAUUUUAUCGAUUGUUCACUUAUCAUAACUUUAAGAAAGAAUGGUAAACUAGUAGUAUAUAUUUUAAUACAGAAGGUUUAUGUUCAAGAUUUUGCUUCUUUCUUAAUUUAAUAAUACAGUAGCUCGCAGAUAAUGUUAACUUAUAGCCUAUAUGUUCAUUAUUUUCAUAUGUUUUAUAAUUAACGUUCAUAAAUGCAUUAGAAAGUAUGGUGUAAAUAUUUUCCUUAUUAAAUUAUAAUUUUUGCAAUUUCAUCAAGAUCAUUAUUAAAAUCUAAACUGCAAUUCAUUAACAUUAUAAUAAAUUAAUCAGCUUUGUACAAAUAAUAAUUUUGGCAUCAGAUUAUUAGAAUUUCAGUAUUAUAGCGUUUUAUAUGACACGAAAUAAUUAGUAUUUUAUAUGUAAUCAUAAUUGUUAUGUGUCAACGAAUGUAAUUAUAUAUUUAUAUGUUUUAUUCUUGCAUAAUGAACUCAUGAAAGAGUAAUGUAAUUCCAUCUCCACGCUAUAAUACAUUGUUCCACAAAUUGUAAUUAUAACUUCAGACAUCAACACAAAAAUCAGAAACUUACAGUUUUUUUUACAUGAAAAGCUUUCAAAGUUUUAUUUACAAAGGUCAAUAUAACUCGAUAUAUUUACCCUUUACAGGUGAAUGAAUGAAUAUUAGUACCUCGAUGAAGGGUGGCACACUGUGGAGACUUGACUUCACUCCAAAUUUUUAUCAUCAGUUAAGGAUCCAUCUCUAAAUAAAAAGAUACAUUCAUACUAAAACCUUGUGAGUUUAUGUUUCACACACAAAAAUCUACAUGAAAAUAUUUUGAUUCCUGAUUAUUGGUGUCUAAAGUUAUAAAGAUAAUGUAGAACAUGUUGUGUAUUAUAUCAAAAUUUGCUUAUAAAUACUGUUUAGAGAUUUCAAUAGGCUUUUCGACUUGCUACUUAAGAUUUUUAUAUAAUUAAUAAGUCAUGUAAAAAUUUAUUUCUAUGACAAUUAAUGUAAAUAAAUAUUUUUGCAAAUGUCUGUGGUCAUAAAACUACAUCAAAUUUUUCUGAG